UGACAACAGCUUAAAAUAUAUUUUAAAUAACAACGAAGAUGAAUUUAGAAGUGUUAUAUCAUCAGAUGAAGCGGUUCCUGCCUAUUUGAAACAAUUUGAAUUAUUUCAAAUGAAGGCUUUUAAAAAGGCAAAAACAGUUGGUCUCUUUGUUAAUGCAGAUUUGUAUAAAAUUUUAUCUUUAUAUCAUAUUAUAUUAUUGAAGAAAGGUCGGCUUAUCCUGACAUAAAUAUAGAUGACUUAAAUAAGUAGAUGUUGGAAUUUUACAAGUGCGAUACAAAUAUUGAAAAAAAAAAAACGUUUGAUGCUAUAGCGAAAGUAUUCAGGGGCAUUGGUGAUGUUCCUGAUAGAGAUAGAUUAAAGAUCAAAUUAUUUAAAAUAUACAAAAAAGCCGAAAAAGAAGACCGAAAAGUCAUUGAUAUUUUAAUCAAUUUAUUAAACAAAUUACCGAAUGAAGAAACUAUAAACUAUACUAUUGAAGAAGAAGAGCUUAUUAACAACUUCGUUGAUCCUAUACUCAGUCCUUUAUUGCAUAGACCAGAAAAAGAAAAACAUUUUUUAUGGCUAAACAAAAUAGUGACAAAAUCAUACAAUACCCGUCCUGAUGCUGGUUGCGCGCUUAUUCAUGAGAGAAGAAUCCAAAAGUUUUCCUGUUUUGCCGAGGUGAAGGCAGAAUAUAAGAAAAAAGAUACCUUGUCUACUCACCAAGAUCUAUUACGAUUAGCAUUAUUCGGUAUAAAUGAAAUUGAAAAUAAUAAUGCUAAAUGCAUCUUACUUGUACAGGUCAUAGGCGCUGUCAUAAUAUUCUAUGGAUGUACAUCACACACAAAUGGUCCCAAAAUUAUCUUCGAAAUCUCAAAAAUCAAAAUCCCAUUAUCUAUACAAGAUUUACCAGGAUUUAUUAUGAAACUUGAUAAAUUGAAAAAACUUAAUCAAUUUUACAAUCGUUUCUGCGCGAAAAUAUGCAACGUAACCAACAACAUGAAAAGGAAAUCUACAAUUGGAAAUGUAGAUCUUGAUAAAAUAAUUAAUAUUCACAAACCAAAAAAUUUAAGAGUAUCUAUUGAUUUUUAAAAUAAAGUUGUGAUUAGUAGGCGAAAAAAUUGAAUGUACUGUGCUUCCACUCUCAAUUUACUGACUUUUUGAAAACACUGCCUACUUUUUUGAGAAAAAUUGCACACUUGUGCGAGGCUAAUUUGCCCAACUUUUUGGAUAUAGAUUGACCAGCUUUUACGAAUUAGUUGACCAAUUACUGGUCAAAAGUCAAAAUGGUUAUAAAGUUCUUUAUUGAAAUAUUCAAGGAAUAUCUGCAGAAUACUGGGAAAAAGUGACAAAGGUUCCAUUACGGUGUCUUCGCUUCCAACAACUCUUGAAGUAAGAGUUUCCACACAAAAAAUCGGAGAACAAAAGAAUACAACUC